AAAACCCUCUAAUCAACCCCCUCUCCCUCUCUUUCUACCUCCCCGUCUCCUUCCUCUCCGCCUCUCCUCGCUCCUACUCUCCCAUGGCCCCCGAGCUCUCCGACCCAGGGAUCUCCUCCUCUGACGAUGCCCACGACGACAACGAGGAAGAGGUAGAGGAGGAGGAGGAGGAGGAAGAUGAGGAGGAUGAGGAGGAGGAGGAGGGCGACGAGGUCGCAGAGCGGCCGCAACAGUCGCCAUGGGAGUUCUCCUCCUUUACGGAGUCUGUCGCAGACGAGCACGAGCGGCGGAGGACCACAUCCGUCGACGCGAAGAUCGCCCGUGCCCGCAUGGAGCGCCCCCUCUCCCUUCCCCACCGCCGCAGGGAUGGCGACGGGGAGGACGAGAAUGGGGACGAGGACGAGGUCAUCUCCGACGAUCAGUACUCGAAGCAGGAAAAUAUUAAAUCCCAGAAGACUUAUAAAAGUAACAGUAGGGAGGUUCGCAACUUUUUUGGACCAUCGGAAGGAGCAUCAUUUUAUGCAAAUUCUUUUGGUGAGCUCAAUUUAUCUCGUCCAUUGGUUCGAGCUUGUGAAGCACUGGGAUACAAGAAGCCAACACCAAUUCAGGCUGCUUGUGUCCCUUUAGCAUUAACUGGCCGAGAUAUAUGUGGUAGUGCCGUGACAGGUUCUGGAAAGACAGCUGCAUUCGCUUUACCUGUGUUGGAGCGUUUACUUUUCCGCCCCAAGCGAAUUUCUGCAAUUAGGGUUCUUAUUCUUACUCCCACAAGGGAGUUGGCUGCACAGCUUCAUAGCAUGAUUGAAAAACUUGCUCAAUUUACUGAUAUCAGAUGCUGCCUCAUUGUUGGUGGGCUUUCAACAAAGAUGCAGGAGGCAGCACUGAGAUCAAUGCCUGAUAUUGUCGUAGCUACUCCAGGGCGAAUAAUAGAUCAUUUGCGAAAUUCGCUCUCAGUUGGGCUGGAAGAUCUUGCCAUUUUGAUACUUGAUGAGGCUGAUCGUCUACUGGAAUUAGGGUUCAGUGCCGAAAUUCAUGAACUGAUUCGCUUAUGUCCAAAAAGGAGGCAAACCAUGCUUUUCUCUGCUACUAUGACUGACGAAGUUAGUAAGCUUGUUAAGCUUUCGCUUAAUAAACCUGUACGUCUUGAGGCUGACCCCUCCUUGAAACGACCAGCAACAUUGACUGAAGAGGUAAUUAGGAUACGACGCUUUCGUGAAGUGAAUCAGGAAGCUGUUCUUCUUGCUCUCUGUUCAAAGACCUUCACGCAGAAAGUGAUCAUUUUCAGUGGAACAAAGCAAUCUGCACAUAGGUUAAAAAUAAUAUUUGGUCUGGCUGGAAUGAAAGCUGCAGAACUUCAUGGUAAUCUUACGCAGGCACAACGCCUUGAGGCUCUGGAACUUUUCAGAAAGCAAGAAGCUGACUUCCUUAUUGCAACUGAUGUUGCUGCUCGUGGGCUCGAUAUUGUAGGUGUUCAAACGGUAAUCAAUUUUGCGUGCCCUCGCAAUGACACAACUUAUCUUCAUCGUGUUGGUCGUACUGCUCGAGCUGGGAGAGAAGGAUAUGCUGUGACAUUUGUUACUGAUGAUGAUCGAUCCCUCUUGAAGUCAAUUGCGAAGAAAGCUGGUUCCCAACUGAAGAGUCGAAUAGUUGCAGAAAGAGCUGUAGCUGAGUGGUGUAAAUUAAUAGAACAAAUGGAAGAUCAAAUUUCUGCAGUCCUUCAAGAAGAAAGGGAAGAAAGAUUUCUGCGAAAAGCUGAAAUGGAAGCGACAAAGGCUGAAAAUAUGAUUGCUCACAAGGAAGAAAUUUAUUCACGCCCUAAAAAAACAUGGUUUACUACUGAAAAGGAGAAGAAACUUCUAGCUAAGGAAUCCAUUGAUAAAAAUGAACGUGCUCCCAAUGAGGUUGUUAGUGCCCAACAAGCAGAAGAACUUCGACAGAAGGAGAAAAGGAGAAGGGAGCGCGAGAAAAAUCUUCCACGUAAAAAGCGUCGAAAAUUGGAAGCACAGCGGGAGAUGUUGGAGAACGAGGAAGAAGAUGACGAUGAUGAUCAGGAAACUGAGGGUGGGAAGAAAAGUAAAGCGGAGAAUAGGACGAAGGUGGGGAAAUCACUUGUUGAUCUGGCUUAUAGACGAGCAAAAUCAAUGAAAGCCAUUAAGAAAGUGCAGGAAUCUGGGAAGCUGAGAAAUUCUAACAAGAGGCCGAAGAAACCUUCUCAAAAGGCUCAGACAAGGCAAGAAGAGAUGCUCGAACUAUUCGAGAGUGAUAUGAGUCAAACGAAACGUGCAAGUAGCACUAAGAGAAAUAGCAGUAAUUUUGGACGAAGAAAAUCGAAGAGUUCUUUCAAGAGCAAAUCGAGGUAUAAGCGCAGAAAAUAGGAUGACUGGCAAACUUGGGACAGAGUUGUCUACUUCAGUAGACCAAAGUUCCAGGUUCAUUUUUAGUUUGUAUCCUCAUCUCUGUACGAUACUUUAUUCUAGAAAAUUUUGUCUAGUAGUGAUUAAUCAGUUCCCAAAAGAUUGAAGAUAUUUCUGAGUGCUAGCUCUACAUAAUUUUUAUGCGAAAUUUAUGUUGAGAAAUGCAUUUUGUUUGCUGGGUAUAAUUGCUUUUAUUUAUUUUAUCUCCAACGGCAAUUAUGGCCAAAACAAAUGCUUAAACCUUUAUUUUUAAUUAUUACUGGGCUUUGACGAAG